ACCAUUUUACUUUUAGCGCAGUAAAGUAGAUACGAGAGGAGAGCUACAACACUUCUUCCUUAAGAAACGAGAAAACGGCUGUUUAGAUUUGAGCUGUAGACUGUAUCUCAGUGGGGAUAGUUAAUCGACAGCACUUCCGGCUUCUCCCCGCAGAGCCUCGCCGGGGACAGGAGCAGACAGGAUGCUGGAUUUCAGUCUGUGGGCUCUUCUGCCGCCCCUCUUCUCUGUCUGCGCCGCUUCUGGACUGUGGGCGGUGUACUUUGUUGCUCUCUAUGAUGAGAAAGUACUACCUCUGGAUGCAGAGCAAUGGAAGGGAAAUGGAUCCCGAUAUCCUCCCUUCAUAAGUGUUACAGGACAGUUUCCACCAGCCAGCUGCAUCUUCAGCGAGGUCAUGAACCUGAUGGCGUUUGGGGCCUUCAUCAUUGGACUCCUCAGAUAUGUGCAGCUGAAAAACAGAAUAGAUAAAGCCUGGUUGAACGCCGUCAGUUUGGUGAUUUUCUCCAUCGCCUGCUUGGGAAUGACCAUUGUUGGAAACUUCCAGUUGUUCACGCUGUGGACGGCCCACAUGGUGGGCACGGAGAUGGCGUUUGGGCUGGGAACGUUGUUCUGCUGGAUGCAGUCUUACAUCACCCUGAGGGUUAACCUGAAGAACGAGGGGAAGCUCGUCGCCGUCGCUCGUUUCCUGCUGUCUGCGUCCAUCACUCUCUGUAUAAUUAUCAAAUACUCUAUGUCCUCCGCAAUGGAUUCAGCUCGCUGGCAGUGGACCGUGGUCAUGCUGUUUCUGGUCUUCAUCGGCACAUUCGGCAUCGAGUUUCGUCAUGGCCACUUCUCGUUGCUGUGCACCGAUGCAGCGGAUCGAUCUCUGGCUCACAUGUCAAACAUUGGUGAUUCUGAGAACUCUCAACAGAUCAGAGAACAGUUGGGACCACUGUAGGAACGUUGGACAGCCCUGCGUUUGACCCGUUAUGACCCGAGCAACAUCUGAGGAAGCAACAAUCAUUAAAUAAAUUUAAAAUAAUAAAAAAGUAAAAAACAUUUGAGAGGCUAAACCUUCCAAUUUGAUUGCAAAUUAUGACUUUGAUGUCAUAUUUAGGAAUAAUAGUCCGCAUGUUGCUGCUUGCUUUAAAAAUUAUAAACAGACAAGUUGCAUCAGGUCAAAAAGUGUUAAACAUUAACAGAUCAAUGAAUCAGCGUCUGGAUCCCAAAAUCUGAAGUCACUACGAACCUUUACUACCACUCUGAAAUCAUACACAUCCCACCCACCCCCGGCCCCGCUCUCCUCUGGUGUCCCCCAGGGCUCUGUCCUGGGCUCUAUCCUAUUCAUUAUUUAUCUCCUCCCAAUUGGACUGAUGUUCCACAAACAUAAAGUCCAUUUCCAAUGUUAAACAGACAACACCCAGCUCUACAUUUCUUCCGAACCCACUUCCACGUCCCACCCUCCUCCCUCUGUGGCUGCUAACAGGAAAUCAGAGCCUGGUUCUCCUCAAACUUUCUCAAACUUAACAGCAACAAAACGGAGUUAGUCGUCAUUGGUUCAAAGUCCACCAUCUCCAAACAUCCCAGCUUCACCCUCAACAUAGACAACUACUCAGUUUUCCCCUCCCCACAGGCCAAGAGUCUGGGUGUCAUCCUGGAACAUCGUCCCAGGGGGAUUUCCUUCCCUGUACCACAGUCCCCUGGUCGGCCCCGGAGCAGCGAGGCGCUCUGCUGGACAGGACCAGGUCGUUUCUGCCGGUCCCAACCUCAUACCAUGGUGCUCCUCAGGUGCGGGUCCCUACUGAUCUGCGGGCGGCGGAGUAUGUGUUUAUCCGUCACGAUGCCCAUCGGGGCCCUCUGCGACCUCCCUAUGAUGGGCCCUACCCCCGGCAGGCUGUCCCCAUCGUCAAACCAGACUCCUGCUGACGCUCCUUCCUGCCCUCUGGUGCCUGCUGGAGAGCCGCGGAAUCGUUUUGGACGGGUCAUAAGGGCCCCAAGUCGUUAUUUAGGGCCAGUGCUUGUGAACUUUGGAGGGACGUGUGUGGUGGCCACUCAUGAGCAGGACACUGUUUAACUGUUUAACUGUUUAGGUUAGAAUUCACCAGAGGUGGACAGAGUACUCGACCCCAGUACUUGAGUAAGAGUACAAAUGCUACUGGUCAAAAUUUACUCUGUUACAAGUAAAAGUAGCUCAGUCAAAAUAUUACUCGAGUAAGAGUAGAAAAGUACUUGCUUUUAAAGGUACUUAAGUAUCCAAAAGUAAAUGCUUUUAAAUUUACUUUAAGUAAGAGUAAGAGUAAGAGUAAAUUUCUUAUUUUCCACAUCAGUAAAUUACUAUAUUUUUUCUAAAUUAAAUUAAGGAUCUUUUAACUCUUGUUUCUGAGAACUCGAUGUUGAGUUGUUGAAAGCAGAGAGGUAGUUCUGUUUCGACAGACACAAUAAACAUUUGAAAAUAAAUGUCUGUGGUUUGUCUGUGCCCUCGUUUUUUACUCGGUCGAACUCAAACAUUGAGUUAAGAUACGGCCAAGGAUUUUGUGAAAGUCCCUGCUCCGAGUCCGGCUCAUUAUCAGACUCAGACGACUCAGCGGAUUGUCUUUCUUCUCCUGACGCAGGCGUAGCCAUUGUUGCGGCUCUGUCUUGACUUGUUGCGGAUCUGUCUUGACAAACGCAGGCUACUUUGGGGUAUUGUUUUGAGGAGGCUUGACGUAUUUCUGCUUUACGUACAUCCCAGUGGAGAGCGUGCACUGUGAUAGGUUUCCUCCUUUGACAAAAACAGCUUGUGUCCAAUAGGAUUUUAGGGAAGAAGAAAAAAGAGCAGACCUGAAAGUAACGAGUACUUUUCAGCCUUCCUAGAAAUUUACUCAAGUAAAAGUAAAAAUAUUUGUCUUGGAAAUGUAUUCAAGUAAGAGUAAUAAGUACCAAAGAAAUCUAAUACUCAAGUAAAGUACAAAUCCUCUGGAUAUGUACUUAAGUACAGUACUCAAGUAAAUUUACUCCGUUACUGUCCACCACUGGAAUUCACAAGAAUCUAGCUGUUAUUAAUGAUGACAAUGUGUUUUCUGUUAGUGUUCUGUUACCGUUGGUAACGGUCAGUUAGUUACGAGAGACUGGAAUAAACAACACAAGUUUUUUUCUUCGUCCACAAAAAGCGUUUCUCUGCUCUUUUGUUCCCAAACUCCUACAAUAGAACAUUUCUAGUAUUUUUCCUGAGAACUGUAAAAUUGUGCAGGGCUGAUCUGCAAAAUAAGGAGUGGGCAUUCAGUUAUUCACAAGUUAUAAAGUAUUUUUUUAUUUUGUCAGUAAGUAUGUUGGACUACUAAUUUAUGACGAAGUCCCUCUAAAAAACGUGUCAGGAAAAGGGUGCAGAGCGUAUGAGUUUGUAGGGCGCAUUAUCUUGCUGAAACAGUGACUUCACUAAUAAAACCAAGUUGAACGACCGCUGAAAACAGAAAAGUAGUUUUGAAAGUCCAUCCUGUCUUCUCUCAUCAAAACAAAUGCACGCGACGAGGACAGGAGUUUUCCGGCAGUACGUGCUAGUGCUCAUGGGAAAUGUAGUGUUCUUUCUGGUAAAACACUACCGUUUUUGUCCAAAGGAGCCAAACUCAACAAAAGCUGAAAGUUACAUUGUACUGCUUUAAGAAAGCUUAUAGCUAAAUAUAUCUUUUAUAUGCUCUGUUUUUAAAUAUAUUCUUAAAAAAUGUUCAUGUUUUAUUUUUCUGCUCUGUAGCACUUUGAGAUUAUUAAAUAUAAAGU